AGGGCUGUACCAAUAAGGCACUAGAACAGUAACUAGAGACAGCCAACAAGGAAGUUUCCAAGAUGACUGAAAUGGCGUCGGUAGCUCAGAUUCUACGCUCGCGGUUUCGUGGUUGUCUUGCGGCCGCCGUAGCCGGGGACUGCAUCGGUGCCGAGUUUGAGGGUCGCUGUCGGCCAGUUGAUAAGAUUCUGGGAUAUGUGGAGCAUGUCAACAAGCAAAGAGGAAGGGAGGUGGAAUUUACGGAUGACACAGCCAUGGCAAGGUCGGUAGCGAGCUCCCUCAUUGAGUGCAAGGGCUUUGACGCCCGUGACAUGGCCACCAGGUUUGCUAAGGAGUACAAGAGGGAGUCUGGCCGUGGCUACGGAGGGAACGUCAUCACCGUCUUCUACAGGCUCCUUGAUGAAGGCCUUCAAGAUGUCUUUGAGCCGGCACGAGAGCAGUUCGACGGGAGAGGGUCGUACGGCAAUGGUGGGGCUAUGAGGGUUGCACCGGUGGCACUGUACGCCUAUGGUAAUGUGGAGAAAGUUCAGGACGUAGCUAAGCAGACUGCUAUGAUUACGCAUUUCAAUAGGGAAGGGUAUAAUGGGGCUAUUCUGGAAGCAUUAGCUGUUCAUCUUGCUUUGCAGCAGAGUAAAGAUGAGAACUUAAAUGUGGUUAAGUUUGUAGACAACUUGCUUGAGAAGAUGAGGAUAGUUGAGGUAAAUGAUGCAGGCAGCAGCCAAUCAGAAGGACAGGCAGUUGGCCAAUCAGAGGACAACAAAACUGGCCAAUCAGAAGGCACUGAAGGUGACCAAUCAGAAGAAGAGAAAGGGAGCAAAGAGGCAGCUUCAUCUAAAGAGGCAUCCUUGCCAGACCAGCCCUACUGUGCAAAACUAGAAAUCAUGAAGGAGUUUCUACAAAGGGAAAAGGUCUCAAGGCAGGAAGUUCAAGACCAACUUGGAAAUGACAUCAAAGCGCUGAACUCUGUUCCGGCAGCCAUUUUCUCCUUCCUCCACUGUACACGCUCUGUCGACGACAUCCCCACAGACAACGCUCUGGAACGUACCAUCAUCUACGCCAUCUCCUUAGGCGGGGACACAGACACCAUAGCCACUAUGGCAGGGGCCAUAGCUGGUGCGUAUUAUGGGAUUGAGUACGUACCACCCCCUUGGAUGAAGGCAUGUGAGGGAGCCAAUGAUGCUGUCAGGUUUGCUGACCAGUUAUAUUGCCUAGCAACAGGAGAAACAAUAGAAAAAGACAAUGGGGACGAGGACAGUGAAGAUGCCCAGAAUAAGGGGGAUGGGGCAAAACCCAGUACAACUGAGUAGCACUGCAAACUUGUUACAAAGACUACAGGA